AGCGACUGCGGCCCCAUUGGAGCUCUGGAGAUUGUCGCAGUCGCAGUUCGCAGUCCGCAGUGUGCGCGUUUUGUCUUCGGUCUCGUUUCGUUUCGUUCGUUUCGAUUUGGAUUUUGGAAUCGCAUUCGAAUUCGAAUUCAGAUUCAAAGUGUGGCGUUGAAUUACAAGAAAAGCACAUCGUUUUUUUUGUUGCCCAUUUCCCAUUGUGUUUUUUCUGUGUGUGUGUCUGUGUAUUUUAUUUGAAUAUAAAAAUAAUAAUACAAAAAUUAAAGAAAUAAUUCUGCAACUUCAACAAGUUGCUGCUGGUCAAAACAAAUAGCGCCACAGAAAGUUGCGACCCAGCAACAGCAAGAGCAACUACAACAAAUACAACUACAACAUCGCCAGCAACAACAUCAGCUACAACGACAACAACUACAACCAAGCAAACGGCAUUCUUUCGCGCAACAACAAAAAGCAGUUGCCAAAGAGAGCACAGCGCACAAAUACAAAUACAAAAAAAACAACAGCAUAAACGGCAGCUCUCGCUUGCUCUCUCUCUCUUGCAUGUUUGCGCUAUCGCUGUGUUUGGCUGUGCCUGUGUGCGUGUGUGUGUGUGUGCCAGUGCAGCAGCAACAACAACAACAAUUUUGAUUAAAUCGUAUUUGUGUCGCGUUCUCUCUCUCUCUCACUCACGCGUCGCGCAGCGCCCACACAAUCGGCCAGUGAGAGAACCGUCGUCCGCUGGAAUGUGGCCCGCCGUCGACUGCGCAGUCGCGGCGCGUUGUUAGUGUUUGACAAAGAAGAAGAGGUCAGCAAUAGCUUGCUGGCCACUGCCGACGACAAUUCAAAAAAUACAAAAUAAAAGAAAAAUAAAAAUAGAAACAAUACAAUUUACUGUUAUUUGCGUGUAAUCGAUUGUCAGUGCAAAAAGAAAAUAACAAAAGAAAGUUUGCAGUACUCUCUCUCUCUUCUUCUCUCAAACUAAAGAGAUUUGUAAGCGACUCAUUUUUUGGAUUACGCGCUUAAAGCGCCCUCUUCUGGCAAGCAGCAUAAUGCCGACAACUGCAGCGACCUUCGUCGGCAGUGCAUAAGCAGCAACGUAUUUCGAACGCUCGCGCUGUAUACGGAAAAUGAUGCAGCAUGCGAGCAUUUUGCACCGUCAGCGCGCCCCUGGAAGUAUGCGCGUCCUCAGCCGAGCAACUGUCACCCGGCUCCCGAUUCCUGGCACUGAGACUUCUGGGCCAACAGCAGCCGAAAACGCUGUACUUCCUAGUCGAUGCAAAGAGUCGAGUCCGAGAAGUAUACACGCAGACAUGUCUACACUUUGCCACACAGGGUAUGCAGGACACCGAACUGUUUGGUCUGGCUGUGCUCAUAGAUGGCGAGUACAUGUUUGCAGAUCCCGAGAGCAAGCUCUCCAAGUACGGCCCGAAGAGUUGGCGUUCUUCUCACACGCAUGGCCUGGAUGCCAAUGGACGUCCUCUGUUGGAGCUGCAUUUCCGCGUGCAGUUCUACAUCGAGAGUCCGUUCAUGCUGAAAGAUGAGGCGUCGAGGCACAAUUAUUAUCUGCAGCUGAGGCACAAUGUCCUGCAGCGUGAGUUGCCACGUGAGCAUGCGGAUCAGGCGCUUGUUCUGCUGGCUGGACUCGCGUUGCAGGCGGAUCUGGGCGAUGCACCCAAGGGAGGAGGAGCAGCAACAGGAACAGGAACAACAACUGGUUUAACCGAACAACCAAACGGGCAGGAAGAGGCAGAGGAGCACACGGAGACUGGGCACAAGAGAUCCUUGACAACGCUACCGAAGAUUAGGAAACGUUUGAGCAGCUACAACGAACGCAUGUUGCGUCUCUCCACCUACGUAAGCUCGUCCACCUCCAAACGUGCCUCUGCCACGCCCAGCGCCCAUCCAAGUAGUAGUACUUGCGCCACCGACUACUUUCGCCUGGAGGACUAUCUGCCCGCCACAUUGCAGACGACGCCGUGGGCCAAGAGCGCCUUGAGAGCCUGCCAUCGGGAGCAUCAAGGAUUGGGCUCAACGGAGGCGGAAUUGUUGUAUAUUGAACAGGCGUGCAAUCUCCAUGAAACGAUUAAUGCGCACACCUAUCGCAUGAGAUUGGCCAAAAGUGAGACGGGUGUGGGAAGUGCCUGGUUUGUCAUCUAUGCCAAGGGCAUUAAGAUACUCGGUGCACGAGCAACUGAAACCGCCAAUUUCCUAUGGCCCAAUAUAACGAAACUCUCGUUUGAGCGCAAGAAAUUCGAGAUACGUUCGGGUGAGAAUCGUUUAAUACUCUAUGCCGGCUCGGAUGAGAAGAACAAGCUGUUGUUGUCGCUGUGCAAGGAUACGCACCAGUGGAGCAUGAAGUUGGCGGCACGUCUCAAGGAGAUUAACAAGCGGGAGCGCGAAGAGCAGGAGCAGGAACACGAAACGGAAACGGAAUCCCAUGCGGAAGUCUUUUAUUCCCGCAGUCUUUUGUUGCCCUACAAGAAUAAGAAUGAGCAAAGGAUAUCGGUUAUAUCGAGCACCAGUUCCAAUACCACAUCGGGCAUUGUCAGUGAUCGUGUGCACUCCGAGGAUGAGCUGGAGAUAAUGAUUAAUACACCGCCUGCUGCAUUGGCUGCUCCAUCCACAGAGAGCUUGGCCUUGGCCCAUUUGCUGGACAACCGGCCGAGUGUGAGUCGACAAACGUCGUCGGUGGGUCAAUUGUCGCUCAAGGAUCUGGAGGAGCAGCUGGCGGCAUUGCGUCCCAGCGGUAGCAGCAGCAGCAGCAGCAACAACAACACCACCGCCAAGAGCAGUGUUAUUCCAUCUACAAAUGAUUCGUCGACGGCCACAGAUUCACCUAGUUCCCAGCAUCACAUUGGCUCGCAAUGCUCCUCCACGUGCAGCACAGUGGUGGUAACAACGCCACCACCACCACCAGCUCCACCGCUGACCGCUCCACCGGUGCACUCCACUUCCUCCAGCCUGGAACUGGGCUACAGUCAUACGGCACAGAAUUCCACAAUUAGCGAAUCCAAUGCGGAGGAUUUUCUGCCCUCCUCGGAAAGUGUUUCGGGAGUUUCCGGUGUCUACAACUUGGCACCGCCUACAGAGACCUCUGGCGUUUACACCAUGCAUAGUAGUGAGCUAACUGGACAAUCCUCUGAGCUGGCAGAGUCAGAGAAGAGUUCGCAUUACGGCAGUUUUAAGCCCACCAAGGGGGAGGAUGAUGCUGUGGAUGGUGCUCAAGUGGAUGGUGUUGGCAAGUCGAGUGGUGAGUUUCGUUUGCGUUCCGACUCCAACAUUAGCACGAGCAGCUCCUUUCGUGGCGAUGGCAGCGAUCCCACGGAUAACAAGCAUUCCCUGCUCUCCGCCGAGGAGCUGACCAAUCUCAUUGUCGGCCGAGGCACCUACCCGAGUCGCAAAAUCGUAUCCAACUCGCUGCACACGACUUGCGACUACGUACAGCUGCCGCUGGAGGAGGAAGAGGUCGUGGAGCAACUGCAGCCGGAGUUGCCACCAGCUCCUCCUCCCUAUAAUGCACGGCAUGAGAAGACCGUGUGUGGCCCACCCGUGGUGCCACCACCACCCAAAUCCAAGCCAGAGCCACCAGCUCCACCAAUUCCAGCAGUUCCCAUCGCUCCAUUGGUUACAUCAGCUCCUGCUCCUUCACCAGCUGGAGCUGCUGCCGUGGUGGUGACACCUCCUCCGCCACCGCCUCCCACCUCGCUGCGACGUCGUGAUCCGCCACCAUAUCCCACAUCCCAUAAGCCACGACCCACAUCCCUCAUCUCGCUGCCAGCUCCGAGUGUCGCCGGCUCCUUGAGCUCCCUCAAGUCCGAGGAGGUCACCGCACGCUUUAUCACGACGCGUCCACAGAUCAGCAUACUGAAGGCACACACCAGUCUAAUCCCGGACGGCGCCAAGCCCAGCUAUGCAGCUCCCACACAUUACUCCUCCUCGAGUGGUUCCGUCUGUAGUCACCAGUUGUCCCAGCAAUCCCUACACAAUUCCAAUUAUGCUGGCGGCUCACAAGCUUCACUGCAUCAUCACGGACAUGGACAUGGCGGCUCACAGGCCUCACUGCAUCAUCACCAUCCUGGACACGGACAUGGACACGGUCAUCGUCAUGGACAUGGUCAUGGUCAUCAUGGAGCUCAUCAUCAUCGUCAUUCCGGCUCGGCGGCCAUUGGCAUACCGCUAGUUCCUUAUGGACUGCACCACAAGAGCACCGCCUCCUCGUCCUGCGUCCUGCUGCCGGUGAUUAAGCCACGUCAGUUUCUGCCGCCACCGCCGCCAAGUUUACCCCGUCAACCGCCACCGCCGCCGCCAGGACCGGGACUCUACAGUGGCCAGCUGGCGAGGAGUCAUCAGCUGGAGCUGUAUCAACAGCAGCUGUACAGCGAUGUGGACUAUGUCAUUUAUCCGCUGCAGGAUCCGGCUGUCAGUCAGCAGGAGUAUCUGGAUGCCAAGCAGAGUUCCCUGCUGGCAGCCAUGGCACAAGCUCCUCCAACUCCGCAUCCACAUCCGCAUCCGUAUCUGGCGUAUCCGGCUGGAUGGGAUACCUGCAAAGGACAUGCCAUCUACCGGAGCACACCUUAUCUGCCGUUCUCGAGAUACGCCUCCACGCAGAAUCUAUCCGACACAUACGUCCAGCUGUCCCCCCUCUAUUCGCCCUCGAUGGCCAGCCUCUGCAGCUCCUUCGAGCCACCGCCGCCCCCUCCACUGCAUCCGGCUGCCCUCGCCGCAGCGGCCGCAGCGGCAAACGCUUCCUCGAGCCUCUUUGCACGAUCGCGAUCAGACGAUAAUAUUCUGAACUCGCUCGACUCGAUGCCGAUGCCGAGACCAAUGCCCAAAGUGAAGCGUCUGCCGCCGCCGCCGCCUCCGCCGUAUGUCAACCGCCUGAAGAAGCCACCAAUGCCAGUUCCAGUUCCAACGCCCAGCGAACAACCGCCGCCAAUUCCCUCGAAGCCAAAUCCGAGUCCGAAUUCGAAUCCGAAUUCCACACUGAGCAUGCUGCCGCCGAGGAAACCGCUUACAUUGAAUCCGCACAGUGCCAACAGUCCGCUGAUCAAGACCUCCAGCGGGGCACAGUGGGCGGGGGAGCGUCCCAAGCCGGAUCUGGGACUGGGCCUCAAUCGUGGCAACAGCAGCAACAGCAUUUUGGCCCAAUUGCAGGCCUCUGUGGCCGCCAGUCAAGCGGCGGCGGCAGCAGCAGCGGCAGCAUCAGCGAAUUCCCUGACGAAUUCACCGACGAAUCCCUUGGACAUUGCAUUGUUGCGGGAGAAGAGCAAACAUUUGGAUUUGCCGCUCAUUUCGGCCCUGUGCAAUGAUCGAUCGCUGUUGAAGCAAACCAAGGUCAUUGUUAAUCCAGCAACAACAACAACGACAGCAGCAGCAACAGCAACACAACAACAACAAUCAGCUGGAACAGCAACAACUAGUUCCAGUUCCAGCUCCAGUUGCAGUAAAUCCCUUGCCCAAUCGCCGAAUGGAAAUACUACAGCAACUGGAAAUACUUGCACAUUGAGCAAGGGACGCAAUGGAAGAAGUGCAGCGGCGAUUAGUCACCGCCAUCCGCAGGAUAAGCUGCCGCCACUUCCAGUGCAGCUGGCAGAGGCCAACAACUAUGUCAUGGAUCCAGCGGUGAUCAUGAAGCAUCAUCACAAGAGCUACAAUUCCCAUUCCCACUCGCAUUCGCAUUCGCAGUCACAAUCGCAGUCGCAGUCCUAAGCGUUGGCAGAAAAAGAGAGAGAAAGAAAGAAAAAAGCAAGCUGCCGCUCUAUCAAGUUUCCAGUUUCCAGUGUUGUGAAUACUGUUGUGGAUGAUAUUGUGGUGUCCAAUUGAGAAUUUGCAUAGUGCGAUAACGAUAACAAGUCGAUCACAGUGUGUUUAUCGGCAGGAAUUGUAGCUGGUGCUUCCAUUUUGACACAGCGAGAAAUAGAGAGAGAGAGA